GGGGGCUGUUAGUGGUGAUGAAGUUCAAAGCACAGCAUCAGUCACUUGCUGUCCUAGCAGACUUGCUGUCCUAGUGGGCUGACUCGUUAUUUAUGCGCUCUUGCUUAAGUUUUAGGGAAAGAGGGUCAUGACUGUAAUGCAAUAAUUAGGGAAUGAGUGAGUGGGGACCUGACAGUUCUUCCCAAGCACACAAGGUAGCACACUUUAUCCCUGCCGGAAAAAACUCAGGGUUAUUUUGGUCAGGGCUCCCUGCUUCUGUCAUGGAAGAUCUCUGUGUCCUUAGCCAAUGCUGACCUUCUUUCAUGGCUGGUAACAAGCCAUCUUCGUCAUUCCAAGUGAAGCAAGUUCCCUGCUAGCUCGUACUGCUGCCAGCCCCUUGGAAGGCAAUGCUGCAUCCCCUCGCACCCUGUAUUUGCUGUAGUUGGAAGGCUAGAAGCUGAGGGGCUAGACUUACCCCACAGAUUUCCUUCUACUUGUGCCAAUUUUGUAUUAUCCCUUUUUUUAAAAUAGAGUGGGAAUCUUGUCUCCAAUGAAAAAGAAAAAAAAAAAAAAGACUUUUGGUCACUUUCAUGUUUUUUAUUAUUGUUUCCUGCGUGAGUGAUGGUGUGCGUGCACCUGAUUAUGUAUUAAACCUGCAGAGUAUCAGGAGAGUAAGCUGCCUGAGAUGCAUUGCAAGCAUCCAUAUCCUUUCAGCUGCAACCUGUGGUAUUGUCUAAGUAUCCUAAGGGCUCGUGUUGAUCUUCCUCUGUUCACAUUGCCACAUCUCCUGGGUAAGCCGGUAAAUUCCUCCAGGCACUUGGAAUUCAAUCCAGGACAAGCUUGAGCAUAUAGCAGAAGGGCAAGAUGUUUGUUUUCUUUUGUUUUGAUUUCAAAGUUACAAAACGAAGUGUUUGGCACAGUUCUGGAAUGCAGGUACCCAAUAGUUCUAACAAUGCUGUGUAAAAUGUUUCUUUUUAUGUUUAAAAUAAAGAACCUUUUUGAUUAAGUCUGUGCUGUGGGCUUGGCCUGAAUGUUUAUACUGUGGGCAGUUCUCUCCUUGUACCCUGCACGUACACAGAUUCUAUUGUUACUGAAAGGGUAUCAAAAGUAAACCUUACAGUCUCAUUUCCAGCUCUGGUCACCCUGCUAAGUAAGCAUCAGCCCUAUUUUACAGUAAGUUUAAAAUAUUUGCUUACAUUUGUGUGAUGAAUUGGGAAACGUAAUUGUUUUCUGUAUCCAUUCUGUUUCUACCCUGUCAUAAGUCAACAUCUUUGCAGAAGGGACGAGGCAUCCGAAAUACGACGCGUUUGGCCUGGUUUCUCCCAUGUGGCUGCUUGCUGUGAUAACACUAAUGCUGCCAAUCAUCUUUGAGUUCCAGGAAAGCAUCCUUCGUGCUGAAUGUCGUACCUCACAUGAAGCAAAGUCUUUUCCAAAGCCAGGCUCUUAGUCUUCAGCUGUGCAGUUUUCCAGCCAUGCAGCUCCUCAGGUCCCAUACUGAGCUCCUUGGUGUGCCGUGUAUGAAGUAUCUGCUCCCUCGGAAGCUGUGCCUUCUAGCAGCUGUACUAAUAGUGAGAGACAAGUCUUCACAAAGUAUUUACUUGGUGCAAAAUCACUGACAUAAGGUAUGGGCGCUGGCCAACGAGUGGUGACUAUCCAAAAGGGACCACUCUACCGAGUACUUGGCUCCCACGUGACACUGUGGUGCAAGGUGAGCGGCUACCAGGGCCCAGCAGAGCAGACCUUCCAGUGGUCCAUCUACCUGCCCUCCGCCUCGGAGCGGGAGGUGCAGAUCAUCAGCACCGCCGACCCCUCCUUCCCCUACGCCAUCUACACCCAGCGGGUGCGCGCCCAGGAGAUCUACGUGGAGCGGGUGCAGGGGGACGCGGUGCUGCUGCACAUCACAGAGCUGCAGGACCGAGAUGCUGGAGAGUACGAGUGCCACACGCCCAACACUGAUGGGAGGUACUUUGGGAGCUACAGCGCCAAGACAAACCUGACAGUGAUUGCGGAUACCCUCUCAGUUUCCAUGGGGCCCCAGGACCUCAUCCACACUGAGGGGGAUGCCAUGGAGCUCACCUGCAAGGUGUCCAGGUCCACCGCCCAGCACACACACCUCUCUGUUGGCUGGUACUGCCUCCGGGGAGAGCACCGGGCUGAGAUCCUCACCCUCUCCAAGGACUUUGUCGUGAUGCCAGGGCCUGCUUAUGCACAGAGGUUUCUGGCGGGGAACGUGCGGUUGGACAAGGUUGGGAGCACCUCGUACAAACUCUCCAUUGCGGCGGUGGAGCCCUCUGACCAGGGGCAGCUGUACUGUGAGGCAGCUGAGUGGAUCGAGGAUCCCGAUGGGACGUGGAAGGACAUCUCCCGCAAACAGUCAGAGAGGACAUCGCUGGUGGUCACUCCCCAGGACCAAGAUCUCUGUGUGGGUAUUGCUGCCACCAAGAGCAACCCUUCUGAAGGGGACACCCUGCGGCUCAAUUGCACACUGGAAGCUCAGAGGAGUGACAGCAGGCACUUCCAGGUGGCUUGGCUCCUCAACAGCACGGAGGUGGCCAGGAUUGACCCCCGUGGGUUGCUGGUUUGGAAGAAGGAAUAUGAAAAGAGAGCUAGCCUGGGGCAGCUCCAUGCAUUCAAGCAAAGCAACACAGUUUACAUCCUCACCAUCCAUGAGGUGGGGUUGGAGGACAGUGGGGCCUACCACUGCUCCGUUUUGGAGGUGAAGGCUCCUGGGAACUUCCAGAGCAUCCAAACCAACCUGUCAUCAGCUCUCAGAAUCAAUGUGAAGCCUAUAGCAGGUCUCGGACUGCACGCCACACUGAUAAGCCGAACAGCCACCGUCAGCUACAUGCAGAGCUUUGAGCUUAUCUGCCGUAUGAGUGCCAGCCGCCCAGUUGAGGAGCUGCUCUUGUCUGUGGGGUGGCUCUUCCAGCCCAAACCACCCACCGAUGGCUACCAAGAGCUGGUGCAUGUCCUUCCUGAUGGCACUGUAUCCUGGGGACGAGCACAGCCCCGCUUCCAGGGCAAAGCCCAGCUGAUGAAGGCAGGUGCCUUCUCCCGGCUGCACAUCCACAGUGCGGUGGCUGGCCAUGCAGGGACAUACCAGUGCAAAGUGGGAGUCUGGAGGACGCUUCAAGGGCAGCCCACUGUAUCCUUCACCUCCAACGCUGUGGGGAUAAAUGUUGUCCCACCAGAAAGCAAGCUGCGGGUGGCUACAAGGGAGAACUCCAUGGAGGUGGCUGGCGGUGCUGAUGCAAGCAUCGAGUGCAGAAUGGAGCUCCCCCUGAAUAACUCUCAGCUGGCUGUCAGCUGGUACUACCUACCUCCUCCUCCAGAGGAUGCCAACCCCCUCCUGAUUGUGCGGGCCAGUCACAGUGGCCUGUUGGAGUAUGGGGCUGAAUUCAGCUCCCCCACACAGAAGUCCCGGUUCCUGAGCCAGAGGGUGUCCAGACAUGUGUUCCAGCUGCGGAUUCUCUCAGCCAGCUCCGGAGACCAGGGCCAGUACUGCUGUGCAGCGGAGGAAUGGUGCUGGCUGGAGGGCGGCUGGCACGGCCUUGGAGAGCGGUGGUCGGGGAGAACUAGGCUGCUGCUCAAGCUGCCAGAGAGUGAGCUGCACCUGGAGAAGGCCAACCACAGCAUCUUGGCCAGGUAUGGGCAGGAGGUGACGCUGGGCUGCCUGCUGAAGAGCACCCUCCCACCUGCUGUCCGCCUCUCAGCCACCUGGUUUCAUAGGAAGGAGGAUGGCCAUGAGAGGCCCCUGCUCACCCUGAACCACGAUGGUGCCAUUGAGUCCCUGCAGAAGGGGCUGGUGGGGAGGCUGCAGCUCCGGCGUCCCACGGCUGGUGACCUCAGCCUGACGCUGGCCAGCGUGCAAGAGGACGAUGCUGGGACAUAUCACUGCCAGGUGCAGGAAUGGCAGCAGCAAGGCAACAAGGAUAAGUGGGAGCUGCAGACCUGGGCGCUCUCAGGGUACACCCAGCUCACCACCACCCCACCAGAGACAACGGUUUUGUCUAGGAUCUGUUCGUCUCCGUCGUUGCUGAACUUCAUCCUAUGCUUACCUCUGGUUCUGAUCCUUCUCCUGGCCCUUGCUGGCUUCUGCUGGUGCUUCAUCUCCAGGAAAAGAAAAAAGGGCACCAUUAGAGGAGACCAGCUGAUGGAACUGCAAGGAGCUGGGGGGAUCAAGCAAACUUAGCUGGCCCAUAAUGGGAGGUGUAACUUGAAGGGGAAGAACUGGACGUCUGAGGGGACUGAGUACUUGAAGAGGGGUGGCUUGUUGUUUUGCUGUAGCUUUUGCAAUGAAUACUUGAAAAUGUGUGUUUACUUUUAGUGGAACAAAGCAGCUCUGAAUUAUGGAGCAAAUAAGGUUUUCAGAAUGGAUGUUCCUCUCUCUCAGAUUUGGAACCCACCCACAUGUUCACUGUUGUGGCUGCUUGUGGUGUUUGAGGUGCUUGUGGUAUGCAUGUCCACCAGUCCUGUGUGGAAGUGUUAUUCUCUUCAGGUGUAAAAUCGACUGCUUUUGCCCCGGAACACAGAAGUAUCAAACUGCUGCUCGUUUUUAGGCAAUUUGACAAAAUCUGUGCAGUGCACAGCUAAAAAUCCUUGGCAGCGCUGGAAAUGGAGUGCUGGCAUCUCAUUUAAGGCAUUGUGCUUGCCUUUCCCAUCCCUUGCUGGAGGAGAACUCAGACACUGUUGUCCUUUGGUUCUGGGAGACCCUGUGCCCAGAGAGCAGCAUCUCCAAGAGGAAAUGGGUCUUCAUCAUAAAACCCACUGCAGGAGGUUGAGAACUGAACAAGGCUGGUCAUAGAAUCAUGGAAUCAUUUGAGCUGGAAGGGACCCUUAAAGGCAGUCUAGUCCAGCUCUCAAUGAACAGGGAUGCCUACAGCUAGAUCAGGUUGCUCAGAGCCUCAUCCAGGGCUGAGUGGCCAGGGCUGAAGAAAGUCCUUAGACUACUUGGGAAGCUCUUGCUUCUCUAUUCAGCCACUUCAGCCUUUUCCUGCAGGUGAUAUUUUUUUCUGGACCUCUUACAACUUCUCUGCUGUUUGUCUGAGUCAUAUCUUGAUAAUGUUUCACCAGUAUCAUGCUCUCUCUCUCAGUGUUUUCCUUCAGAUGGUUUCCACAGCUUGCUCAUAAGACUAUCUUGGGAGCGUAUUUCAGAGGCCUUGCUAAAGUCAGAAACGUGUGCUGCCUGCUGCUUACCCCUAUAGAGAGCAACGAGGUUUCCCCUGAGCCUCCUCUUCUCCAGAUUGAACAAUCCCAGCUCCCUCAGCUGCCCCCCGUAAGACUUGUGCUCCAGGCCCCUCACAGCUCCAUCGCCUUUCUCUGGACAAGCUCCAGGGCCUCCAUGUCUUUCUUGUAGCGAAGGGCUCAGAACCAAACAAAUGAUCCGUCCUUGUUUAAACAACAACAAAAACAUUCCUGUUGUUUUUUGCAUUCUUCUAGGUGCCCCUCAGUGCUUUUUUUUUUGCCCUCGCGUGCCUCUGAGGACUGCAGUUAGGAAGAUGUGGGUUUCAUUCUCUGCUUUGUAUUUUCUUGUUGCUCGCUGUCUCACACCACCCCAGGCGUUACUGCAGCAAGCCACAACCACGCGGCUUGACAGCCUGUUCUUCACGUGUCUUGGUGUGAACCUGAUCAAGAUGAGCCUUCUGCUGAAAAAUCUACCUUGUGGGGAUCGUUAUUGCCAGAGUGGUGUCACAGAGGAACCCCCACUUUGCUGCUGCGGCUGAGCGUGGGUUGGUCUCUGUAAGCCGUGUGAGUCCUUGGGGUGGCUGUGCUGGCCUUGGCGUAUGCUGAGCCCGUGCUGCCCCUGGCUUGGCCACCACAUUGUUCUAUGGAAGCGACUGCUGGCAUCUAACCACCCUGUAAGGAGCUGCAGACUCGGCUGUAACGUGAGAUUGUGCAGCUGGUGGAGUGAGGGAAGAAGGUGGGCAGGGAGGGGGAGGUUUCUCCAGCCACAGGACACACUCUCCUGUCUUCUUCUGCCCAUUUUUUUUGUUCCUCAGUUAGCCCGAGGCCGAAGUAGCAGCUUUCCAUUCACGCAGGUUGAGAGGUUUUAAUGUAGUUUUGAGAAACGUGCCUGGAGCCCCUAUGAAAGGGGCUGCAAGAAUGUGUGUGUGUGUUUGCAGUGGUAGGUUUUCCCUUUUUUCUUUUUUUUUUUUCCCUUCUGGUUUUGCUGGGUUGCUGCCAAACCUUUCCUUUUGGCUAUAUAUUUUUUUAAGAUGUAUUUUUUUCCACGAGUGGCUUAGAGUUGUAACUUAUCCCGGUUAAAGCCGCGGAGAGGUCCUGUUCUCAGAGAGAACGUUUCACUCGGCUGAGGAAAACGGAGGAGAGGGAGAGAAAGGAGCACGGGGUGGGUCAGGAGAGUGGUAGCGGGUGGUAGGGAAGUCUGUGGUCCUUCAGGCCUUAUGUGUAUCUUGACAGGGUGACAAGGCAGCAAAGAGUUGGGCCCAAGAGGAAUGGAUUAGCUGUGAAACGCUUGUGAGGGGUUACAGAAACAGAGCUGCGCUGUGCUGGAAGCUCUGGGGGGGUCUGAAGUUGCUCUCCCUGUGCUGUCAGGAAUCAAUCCCAGGCUGCUUCAGCACUGUUCUCAGACAGGGUCGGGAAGGUAUGGAGGCUCUUGUGCAGCUCUGCUGCUUGGCAGACCUUCCUCUGCGGAAGAUGGAUGGUGUGAGUGGUCAGGUGGGAGCACAACCCCUGCAUUGCCUUCCUGGAACGCUUUUCUGGCACUGCCUUUAGGGAGGAGCGAGGCCAAUGCUUGAUGACCACACAGGGAGCUUGUGCAGUGUGUGGUGGCACAAAGGGUUGCCCUUUUGCUGCAAGGCUGUGAGGAGAGAGGUUGGGUGGUGAUGUAGGUGCUGUGCAGGUGGCAAAUGGCUUGCAGGCAAAGAGAUGCUUUGCAUCCUCUUGCAGCUUAUGGUUCACAAUUGCCCAUAGUGCUCCACUCUCUGUUAGAAGAGAGCAAUGGGGCAAUGUGCUGCCCUGGAGCUUCCAGGGCAAGGCUGUUCAGGAAGCUUUCCCAACUUUCCAGAAGUGCUUCCAGGCAAACAACUUCCAGUUCUCCUGGGAUGCCCCCUCUGAAGCAGUGUGCCUUGGUUCCUUCCUGUUAACUCUGAGUUGGUUUAGAAAUCUGGCAUUCAGUUUUCUUCCUGUGAUAAAGUAUUUUAAAACUGGAAACAAAAGAGGCUUCAGUCUCACUUUAUGCCAUUCUGCAUUCAAACUGCUCUUUGCAGCCCCUGCCUGUUUCACACGUCCUUCAGCCCUGGCCUUUGGCAUCUAACGCAGAGCAGAAUCACUCCUGGGGCUCUAAACCUUCCUUAACUGCUGAGAAACCACUGUGCUGCAUCUGCCCGCUGCCUGCGUUCAGCCCUUUGCCUCUGCUUCCCCGCCGCCUCCUCCUCCUCUUCUUCCAGCAGAUAAUGGGAUGACAGUCCUGUUGCACAGGGCACGAAAAGGCAAUCAUUGCUCUCCAGCAGUGCUUUCUAAGGCAGAAGCGGUGCAGAGUGGGGCUCGAGGAGGAUGUGGGGGAGGCAGUGCAGCAGGCAGGGGGACUGGCCCCAUGUCCCUUCAGGCACAAAGGGGCUGCUUGUGGUGCUGUGGGGUAGUGAUAUUGAUGGCCCCCACCUGCUUUUUUAAGAAUAUGUACGUAGUUUAGAACAAACGCAAGCUUAAUUCCCUAGCAGGUUGUAUUGAGAAAUGCGAGCAGGACAGCAGAGUCCAGAUUACUUCUGCAACCCAGACAGGAAACGGAAUACCACAAGCAGCAAUUUUGAGCAUGUUCUUUUGAGGUUUCUUGCUUUUGUUCGUUCAUUAUGUCUUUUCCUGUUGGUUUCUAAGUGUAGCUUUGUGCUUAUAAAUGAUGCUGAGCCCAGAUUGUUGGUAAAAGGAGAGGAGGAGCUGCUCCCCACCAUCCCUGGAGCCUGUCCUCAUGCGGGAUGCUGCCCCAGACCCUUCCUUGGGGAACACCGUGACAGCCAAGCACUGCGGGGUGGCUGUGAAGCAGGAGGUGAGCUGGUGUCCAGCCUCACGCCUGCUGUCCCUCCUCAUUGUAGGGCUGGGAGAGCAUUCAUCGCUUGGACUUCCAACCAAGUGUGAAAAUUCCCAGGUCAGGGGGUGGAAAAAAGGCCGCUAUUAGUGUUAUUUUAAGCACGAGGGAAUGAAUUGGUGAGUGCUGGGAGCAAUAUGGAAAAGCAAGAGAGGCAGUGCCUCUUCGCAGCCCCUUCACGGGGCGGUGAUGCCGAGGAGAGGGGAUCGCUGCCCGAUUUGAAAGAGAAUAGGGCCAUGACCAAUCGCUGUGAAAUGUGGCAAUAAUGCCUUCCGCAGUGGCCGUGGGAUAAAAGGCAGGGACAGCCUGAACUGUAAAGAUGUUUCAUUUCCCUGGUAAUGAGGGAGACACACUGUGGCAAUGGAACCAGAGAGAGAGAGACCGUGAGAUGCUAAUUUCUGCUCCUGCUGCCGCUGCAGCUUUGAUCUGAAGCAAAUGCCCGUUUUAAAUUGCAAACGGAUGCAAGUCAGAUAUCAUCCAGCCACUGGCUUACAGGCUUAAUGAAGUGGGACGCACGCCUCGGCCUGAUAAUGUUCCGAGAGGCAGGCGACUGGGAGAGGAAUUACUGAGGGUCUGAGGAGACGGGAGGAAGGCUGAGGAUGUCAUGGGGGAAAUCAUCACCGGGGGCACAAAGCCUCCUACUUGGUGUUCUUGGCGAGUUGUGGCUGAGCCCCUCAUCCUCUGUGCCAACAGAAAAGAUGUGAGCGUGCUGCCCUGCUGUUAUGUGUCCUGUGUUUUAAGGCAUCUUGAACAGGCCGCCGAGGUUAUGGUGCUCCUUGGUCUCAGAGUGCGGACAUCAGUUUGGUGCUCACCAGGUAAGGCAAACUUAUGAAAUUGUAACCAGCUCAUUUUGUGCCAUCGUUUGGGCGCUUAAUCGGACUUUAGAAAGACAACAUGCGUUGAGACUCUGCUGAUAAGGCUGCUCUGGGGCAGACCCAGAAGCCCUGGGGAACAAGUUCACCGUGCCAGCAGUGAUAUGGAAUAAUGGUAGCUCACACUGGACAACCUCGUCUUGAGUCUCUUGCGAAGAUCUACCUGUUUUGAAGAAUUAACGUUGGAAGGGAUAGAAUCACAAAAUUAUUAAAGUUAGAAAAGGCUGCUCAGAUGACCCAGUCCAACCACCAGCCCAUCCCCACCAUGCCCACUAACCACGUCCCUCAGUGCCACAGCCACACAGUUCUUGAACACCUCCAGGGAUGGUGACUCCACCACCUCCAUGGGCAGCCUGUGCCACUGCACCGAGAAGAAAUGUUUCCUAAUUUCCAACCUGAACGUCCUCUGGUGCAACAUGAGGCCAUUCCCUCUCAUUCUAUCACUGGUUAGAUAUUUAUUACACUUUUCAAUAAGGCGAGGAACUUGGGUCCUACUGUCAAGCCAGUUUGUUAUGUACCUGGAGUACUUCCUUGCACAAGAGCAAUGGGAUACAGAAGAAUCUAACUGGAGGUAGGUAGUCUCAUCAUCCAGGCAUUUUUAUAUUCUUAUUCUACGUUUACGUUGUAGCUUUGCAUAUAACUGCAGAAGAUGCAAAAAGAAGCAUGUGCCUCCUCACACCCUCUCUUUCUUUCCCACUACCCCACAAGGCUUUUGUUUCCGACAAUGCUUUCAGAUGACUUCCCCUUUGGUAGAGUAAAUCACGUUAAUCUGAAGAAUGCUAGGCAAGAUGAAGUUUUUAGAUUACGCUUUAUUUUUCUACGGCGUUUUGCAUUUAAGGACAUUACACCAUCACAAUGCAUAGUUGAGAAUUUUCUCUGCUUGACAAAUGAGGGAGCUUAGAUGCAGCAGUUUGCUAUGAAACAGUGAGGAGAGAAAAAAUAAAUCAGAAAUCUCCUCUAGAGAAGGAGACGGGAAGAAAAGCUGACUCCAAUACUGAGAAUUAAAGGGAAAAAUCUCUGCUGGACCCAAAAUAAGUCUCCAUAGAAACAGCUUUUUCUGAAAAUGAAUUACUGCAGUAUGAAAUGAAGAUUGUGGAUCUAGUUCUGCAAAAUAUUUAAGCAUGUUCUUUGCUUAUCCCUAUUCAGCUCAGGAUGCAAGCAUGAGAUUUCCAUGGGUGCUUAUGUACCUUAUUUGAUGGAGGUAGGAACAUGAACAAGCAUUGUUGAAUGGAGAUCUGGGCUUUCUCGUGCUUCCUCACGGCUGACCAACUUACAACUUAUUUUUUAAUGCCAACACGUGUUGCUUGGCUGCUAAAAUUACAGACAGCAGCACAUAGACUACAGUGCCUCAUUUUUGGAGUUCAGCGCAAGGUUCCAGUAGAUUCUUCUCAUUAACAGGGAGUGGAGUCAACAGAGUGUUUACAUUGCUGGGUACUUUACUGUUCUGUUAAUUAACUCUUGUUGCAUUUGCAUGCAGAUUUAAAUUUAUAUGGGGUAUUUAUUCUGUAAAUUAACAACAUGGUGAUUAUCUGAUAAUUAACUUGAGAGUCAAUGGCAUGAGAGGUUGAGAUUUAUUCCUAAUCUAUCUUUUGUGCACCUCUAUUUAUGGCCUAAGGACAUUUUUAAGAUGGGAUAGGUUCUUAAUAUCUUGCAUGCUAAUUUACUUUUAUUGUGAAUGUGUGCUAGCAAACAAUUGUUUUUAGUUUAAGCUAUUUGAGACUGCUUUGUGCAUCUUUUUUUUCCUUCUGUUGUGACUUUAUGUUCAGCCAAAUUAAUAGGACAAAUAAGGUCUGACUCAGUUUUAUUCCUGUUUACUGUACUUGGUAUAGGUGAAGAUUUUGCAUAGCUAAGCUGUGGCUGCUCUUCUUCACAGAAACUUUCCAUCUUCUUACUGUUUUUUAUUUCUGACCAACUUCUGACUUAUUUAUUUGGGGAGGUAUCCAUUUGUAGAUGCCCCAUUUAAGCAUUUCCCAGUGUCACUAUAGAGCCCUGCAUAGAGAAUUUAAGGUCACCGAUGACAGGGCUUCAGAAGGACUGUCUUCAGAAGAACAAGCAAUCUUCAUGGAAAUUUGCCUAGAUUGUGUCCCUUCCUCUGUUCAUCUCUGCCGGUCCCAGCCAAAACAAGCUCUCAAGGCAUUUCAACAAUCCAUCUUAAUAUAAUGUUCAGCACAGAGACUGUUGACCUACUGUUGAGCCAACGUGAAUGGUCUCCCUCCUGUGUGACCCUUCAGCCCCUCCAAGGCUGUCCCUGUGUUGGUCUUUACAUGUACCAAGCUGGAGGUAGUCACAAUGUCGAGGCUCCUGCUGGAGCCCAGGUCUUCAGCAGGGGAAUCAUCUCCAGCUGAAACUGUCCCUUGUCCCUGUUGGACUGGAGUUUUCUCUUACUGCUGGAAAGUAUUCUUUUUCAGAACUUCCUCUGAUGUGGAGAUGAAAGAUGCACAUCGUCUCCCAGAGGUUCAGCUGUUUCUUGGUAAUUCCUGAAAUCCACACUCAUUUUGCAGUCUUCCUCGCCUCCUCUGUGCUUUGGGACAGAUUUUUUUUGUUUGCCCAUGCCUGCCAUUCUGUCAUCUGAAGUGCACGUCAGAGAUGGCAGCAGUUAUAGCUCGUUUUGCAGUGGUUCUCAACUCCAAGCCUUCCAGGGACUGUGAAAAAUAUGCCAUCAAAGGAAAUCACGAUCUUCCACAAGCCCAGCUAGGGGAAAUGCAGGUGCCUCAUGGACACUCUUUCCUCUCAAAUGCUUUCAGAUAACGAGGAGACCCAUGACCUGUGUAGAGUCCAAAGUGAUGGAUAGAUCUGCACAAAAGUAGAAAAAGUUGUUGCCUUUUUGCUGCCUCCUCAGAUCCGAAGGGUCUCCAUUUCCACGUUGCACUGACAUAUGAACAAGAAAGUGCUGCCUGAACAUAGGGUGUUCAGUGAGGUCCUAGUCCUCACUGGUUAGGGCCUAAGGGGGCAGGUCCUUCUCCCCCAGGCCCCACUGGGGUCAGGCUGACUCCCUGGGGGCCGAAGUAGAGAGGGGAGCUGUGCUUCCAUGUGCCAUUGGCGAUGGCUAACCAGUGCAGAAGUCAACUCUGCUUGGCUUCUGUUAGGCUUGCCUAGGUUCCCCCAGAGGUGCCUUGUGUCCAUGAAUCCAGCCAUGGUGCCAGGAACAUCCUCAUCCCCACAUAUGGCUCCAUCAGGUCAUGCACGUGGCCCACCACUGCUGACUCCUCAGUUGGGCACGUUUCCCUUCUGAGCCUGCAAAGCCUGCCUGUUGGUGUGCCAAACUGAAGGCACGGAAAUAAAUAGGAAUUUAUUUUUAACCCAGUGUGAGAUCUCUCAUUCUUAGCUUUUCUUUUUUUUUCUUUUUUUCCCUCCCCGUAAUUGGUUCUGUUUUUGCUAACGGUUUGGAAUUUAGCAGCUAUUCCUGCCUGAGAGUGUUACUUUGUUAGCUGGUAUUAGAGAAGGAGAUUAAGGCUGCUGUUAGCAGUGGAGGCUGCAGGACAUAUGGGUAAUGCAAACCUGCUAGUGACAAAGUUGUUUUGAGGCAGUGGGACAGAUUGCCUGGCUUAGCAGCAGUGAAAUGGUGAUGAGGUAAGUAGUGCUGGGAAAAUCCUAUUAGGGAAGGAGAACAGCGCACUGGAACCGAGCAAUCACAAGGUGCAUGGUACCAAAUGUGUUGUUUCUCUAAGAAAUCAAAUUCACGUUAGUUGCCCAGUGGGGACUCAUCUCUCUCCAAACUGCACUUCCUCUGUGAGCAGGCUCACAGGCUGCUCUGAACAUCCCAGCUUUCAGUAACAGCUGAAGACCAAAAGACGAUGACUCUAGGCCUUCCAGGCAGUCAGCUCUGAUUUCAGUCAGAUGUUUCCUCCUCCAUCCCAUUGCCAGACACGGAGCAGGAUGAAGGACAGAGAGAUCUAGAACAGCAUCCUGGAUCUGAUCCUUGUUGCUGCGAUGGAGGUUAGAGCAGGAGGGCAGUGAUUUCCUUAAUGCAUACGGGGCAGCAGGAAUGCACGUGCACCUAAAGGUUUGGCUAAAUACCACUGGCUCUCAAAGGUUUCAAUCUAUUUUCCCCUAUUGGGAGUGUUCCGCAGCACUGUUCCUAAAGCAUUUCCUGGGCUCUCUUUGGCCGGUAGGUGUUUUUCUGUGGGUUUGGUUUUGUGUUGUUUUGUAGGGUUGUUUUUUUUGCCUGUUGCUCUACAGUAAGUAGAUUAGCCACGAUUUAUUUGAGACAGGACUGCGGCUGGUGAUUUGUGCGCCGUUGUGGGUGUAGGAGCUGCAUGAUCUCAUCAUGAAAGGUGACUGCUGUGCAGCACGAGGGACGAGGGGACAGGUUAGGAUAAAUGACACGGGGGAGUCUGGGUCCACCAGUGGGCUGCAGGUCUGCCAGCUGGCGGGGGAUGCAGGUGGGAUGAUCUGCACUUCUAAAUACAGCCUCUCCCUGCACCCUCAUGAUUAAGGGCAGCUCUGUGGCAGACGUGUCUCUAUUUUUAUUCUGUUUUCAUUUUUUUUUUCAGGAGGAGAUGGGGGACAAACAAGGGAACCAAUCUUCCUGCAAAAGAAAGGAAAACCCGAGGGGCCGACCAGCAGAGGCAGUACUUCUGCCACCAAGGACAAGGGCUGCUUGGGCAUUGCAGGAUCACCAAGGUUGGAAGAGACCACUAAGAUUAUCUAGACCAACGCCCGACCCAGCAUGGGAUGGUGCUGUCACGAUCCUUCUGGUGGCUCAGGAGGUGCCUGCUCAGAUCUUCCUCCGGUCUUGACAAAGACGAGAUAGCAUCAGAGAUUGAGAAGCUGGAAGAAGUGGAUCAUGUAAGUGACGAUCCCCUUUAGACACUGAAAGGCCGCUACCAGGUCAGCUCGCAGCCUUCUCCAGGCUGAACAGCCUUAACUCUCUCAGCCUGUCCUCGCAGGAGAUGUCUUCCAUUCCAUGGAUCAUUUUUGUGGCCCUCCUCUGGAUGUACUCCAACAGGUCUACAUCUCUCCUGUACUGAGGACUCCGCAUCUGGACUCAAUACUCCAGGCAAGGUGAGCUGCAUGAGAAAGAAGCAAAAGAGGCUCUCCUGCCCCUGGCCGUGCAGGCUUUGGGAUGGGAAAGGGCUCCCUUCUCCCCACGGUGACUCACCUCCAGAUUACACCAGGACUGCUGAACCUGACUCUUCAUGGGCAGCAAUUUGCGCAUUGCAACGAGGAAAUUAAGCCAAAGCAGAGCGCCUACCUCAUGCAAACGUGACCUCUGUGCCCAGCAGCCAUUUGACACUCUCCAUUAAACAACUCUACCUGCAAUUAAAAUCAUCCAAAGCGAGACUUUGAACUGCUGGGCCUUAGGAUUACAGCUCCAGAGGGACCAGUAAACGCAAGAUACGUAUGUUUCUCCCCUCCUGCUUUCUUCUGUGCCUCUCCUCUAAAGAAGAGUUCUGAAGGAGUCUGAAGGAAAGAGCCUGGAGCUGGGUAUAGAAUGACAGAAUCAUAGGUGCUGUAAGUAUAUUCUACAUGGUCAUCGUUGGGCGGUAAUGGCUUCUCCCCAUCCUGGGGCACAACUAGCUCUUGCUUUUGCUGAUAGAUGCACCUAUCUGGCACAGCUCCAGUGCCUUCUGGCACACAGGAGAUGUCAAGGGAUGCUACAGGGCUCGAAGUCCAUCCAAAGUGAUACCGCUCGUGUUCCUGUGUGUUGCUGACAGCAAACCCUUGCCUUGGCCGAGCUACUGUUAUACAGGACUUUUUAAGGAAUGAUAGAUGGGAUGGAUUGCUGAUGCUUCUUAAAAAUGGCCAGUUUUACAUACAGGUCCAGCUUUCUGCCUUUUAUGGAUAGCAUUUCACUUUUAUGAAUUGAAUUAGGGAUUUCAUUUUGCCUUCCCUUCACGUAAUUCCUGUUUAUUAUACAACCUCUCCUUAUUGAUGCAGUAUCUUUAACAAUAAAUGAUGCAUGAGCGAUCUGAACAGUUA